AAAAAAAACACCACAUAUAAAAUGCCUGAAACUUUCCACUUCUCCUCAGAAUCUGUUACUGAAGGUCACCCAGAUAAGAUUUGCGACCAAAUCUCUGAUGCUGUCCUCGAUGCUUGUUUGGCUCUUGAUCCAUACUCCAAGGUUGCUUGUGAAACCUGUUGUAAGACUGGUAUGAUCUUGGUUUUCGGUGAAAUUACCACCAAGGCUAUUUUGGACUUCCAAAAGAUUGUCAGAGAAGCUGUCAAGAAGAUUGGUUUCGAUGACUCAAGCAAGGGUUUCGAUUAUAAGACUUGUAACGUUUUGGUUGCUAUUGAACAACAAUCACCUGAUAUUGCUGGUGGUGUCCACGUUGGUCGUACUGAAGAAGAAUUAGGUGCUGGUGAUCAAGGUCUCAUGUUCGGUUAUGCUUCUGAUGAAACUCCAGAAUUGAUGCCAUUGUCUCACUUGUUGGCCUCCAAGUUGGCUGCUAGACUUACUGAAGUCAGAAAGAAUGGUACUCUCCCAUGGUUGAGACCUGACGGUAAGACUCAAGUCACCGUUGAAUAUGUUAAGGAAGGUGGUAACCUCACUCCAAAGAGAGUUUCUACCCUCUUGAUUUCUACUCAACACGACGAAGUUGUUUCCAACGAAGAAAUCCAAAAGUCAUUGAAGGAACACGUCAUUGUUCCAGUUAUUCCAGCCAAUUUGUUGGAUGAUGCUACUAUUUACCAUCUUAACCCAUCUGGAAGAUUCGUUAUCGGAGGUCCACAAGGUGAUGCUGGUCUUACUGGUAGAAAGAUUAUUGUUGAUACUUAUGGUGGUUGGGGUGCUCACGGUGGUGGUGCUUUCUCUGGUAAGGAUCCAUCUAAGGUCGAUAGAUCUGCUUCUUAUGCUGCAAGAUGGGUUGCUAAGUCCGUCGUUGCUGCUGGUUUGGCUAAGAGAUGUUUGGUUCAAGUUGCCUAUGCUAUUGGUAUUGCUCACCCAUUGUCUGUUCACGUUGAUACCUAUGGUACUGCUUUGAACGGUAAGACUGAUGCUGAUAUUUUGGCUAUUGUCAAUAAGAACUUUGAUUUGAGACCAUAUCACAUCAUUAAGGAUUUGAACUUGAUGAACCCAAUCUACUCACCAACUGCUGCUUAUGGUCACUUUGGUAGAAGCGAAUUCCCAUGGGAACAACCAAAGACUCUCCAACUCUAAAUGACUAAAUAAACAAAAAAUUCUUCAC